CACAGAGAUUGCUCUGUAUUACCUACUAAUGUUAUUUGUAAACUAACAGAAAGAUCUAGUAGUAUUGCUGUGUGGAACCAGCUCACAAGUUAUAAAGACAGCUUAAGAUAUUUUCCCCAGACAGAAACAUGUGAGCUGCUUAUUCUGGACAGAUCUGUAGACCUGAUUUCCCCCACAAUCCAUGAGUGGACAUAUGAUGCCAUGUGCCAUGACUUGCUAAAUACAGACUGGAAUGAAUACGUCCAUAAGGUAAAACCAAAGAGUGGACAUAAGUUUUCCUUCAUGCAGAGAUUGCUGAAAGAUGAGCAGAAUUAUCAAAGAGAUAGGACAAAGAGAUUUUGGGAAGCCGGAGCAGGAUCUUGUAUUUGGAGACGCUGGGCCAAGAGAUGUGAUAAAUUUUCUUCGGAUGCAACUCGUGAAAACAAAUUGGGUUUAAUGAUGAUACAUUCAGUCGCUUAUCCUGAGAAUUUUGAGGGUGAGAAAGGUCUGAAGUUAAUGCAGCUGGCAGGAUUAUCUCAAGAUGACAUGAAUGCUGUAAACAAUAUGCGGUUGCUUGACGAUACCUUGGCUACUGAAAGGAAAUCCAAAGGGGAUUUCUCUCUUAAUUUUGGCAGUCAGAAGAAGAAGCAUGCUAUCUGAAAAGAAAGAAAAGGUGAGGAAGAAACAUGGGCACUGUCACGAUUUAACCCCAUUAUAGAGGAGCUACGAAUUAUUAUAACUGGGAUGGAAGUGAGAGGGACUGAGACUUACAAAUGUAGUAUGUACAGAGAAGUUCGGAUACUUGUUCCAGAACAGUUUCAAUGGUAUAAAUUACCGAAUAAAGAUGCAGAAACGAUGCAAUAUAUACACGUCAAGUUCUAACUGAGAUCCAAUGAAAUUUAAUGGUGCACCGGAAACCUGAGUGAAACGACUACAGUUAAGCACAUUACAGACUCGUGUGAUAUUAUUACUAAUAGCUUCAAUUCAAAUACCUAAAACUACAUUGGCGACCGUUAAUAGAACAAAAUGAAAAUAAAUCAGCCUAUCUGUGUACCUUAUUAAGCUUCUCUAGCCGCCAUCUGAAAGAAAGCCCCGUUCUGUUCUACUUACAUUUCUAAAAGCUGCAGCAGGUUGGAAUACCACUUGAAUGAUUUCUGAAAAAUUCCAAACAUUAUCCACCUGAAUGAAUUCAACUGAAAGGGAAGCAUAUGACCCCGAAAAAAACCAGAAAUUCAUCAAGGAAAUUGAUAAUCAUUUCAGAUUCAUGCUACCUCAAGAAUUAUGAGGUUCCA